GGCAGUAACGCAACACUACCUGGAAUCAAUCCGCCGAGGAAGUUGAAGACCCGGAAGUAGCCUGUGGCUGUGUUUUGGUUUUGUUGCGGCGGGAAAGCUAACAGAAGAAGUAAACAAAUUACCUGGUGAGACCUUAUAAACCAUGCCGUCCGAACAGCAGGAUGAGGCCAUAUCUGACAUCUCCCCCGUUCUGUUCAUGACUGUGGACGGUGAACCCAUGUCCUUCUUCUUGCGACCGGGUCCUGCUAAGUGCAAGCUCCAGCCGCUCAUUGCAGCCGGAGGAGGGAUCUUGAGUAAUGUGCAGCGGCCAAGGGCCAUUCUGCUGAUUGACCCAGAGGAAAAAGUCUCUAUUCCUGAAAUUACUGCUCACUGGUAUGUGUCCACCCAGUACAUUCAUGACUGUAUUGAGAAGGAGGAGCAACUGAAUUUAAAGGACUACAGGUUAAUCCCUGAAGUGGCCCAGAGACAGUCUGUGAGGCUCAACAACAAAAAAACGACCUCUUGUCGACUCUCAGGAGGCAGGUUGGUCUACACAGCUGAAGAGGAUGAAGCCAUGUUGAGUUAUAUAAACAAGCGCCAGAAAGAGGUUGGGGGGAACCGGCUUUGGCAAGAGAUGGAGAAGCAGCGUGUGACCAGUCACAGCUGGCAGUCAAUGAAAUACCACUAUAGAGUGCGACUGGCAAAUAAACAACCAGAGGUUUUGGACGUGAAAACAGAGGAAGCCACAAAAACAGCAGAUGGUGAUGUUACGGUGGAAGAAGAGACAGACGGUCAGAAACCCACCUGUGGAGCUGCUUCUCCUCAGGGACUUCCAGCGGUAACCGACCUAACACAGAUAGAUGCUCAGCCCAUACCAGCUGAAGAUACACAACCACAAACUCCAAAAUCCAUCCCUCCCGAGGAAGAAGUGCAACCUGCAAAUCCGAAAACGGAUAAACAACCUGCUGAAAGCAAACUUGAAGACACUGCACAAGCUGAAACUUCUAACUCCUCCGAAUCCGAGGGAUUGGACCCACACACAGAUGCUCCGCCCAUCCAAACUGAAAACGCGGAAACGAUCAUCUCUCCAGAAAAAGAAAUUGUGCCAGAGGACACUUCCCCAGCUCAGCUCGAGUCCCCGCCAGGCACCCCUCUUCAGAAAAAGCAUAAAGAGAAACAGAAGGCCUCCCCGAAGCUCGAAAAACCUAAGCAACGGCCAAAACGCUGUGCUCUUGUGCUGGAGGGGUCCACAUUGCCUGGAUCUUAUGGUAAAAAACUCAGAUCAGCAUCACCUCCUCCAGGACGACAGGUAUCAUCCCCGCAGCUCUCCAAGAAGUCUACUCCUAAAAAAGCCCAAACAGUGGAGCAGCCACCUGCAAAGAAAGCCAGAGGAAGCAGUGUGACAGUCGUGGCAGAGGAACCGCAAGAGGAGAGCAGACAAGUUCCUGUUUCUGAAAUAGCACCAACAGAGUCUAAUUCAGUGCCACAGGAAGUGGAGAAGAAGAAAAAAAAGAGAAAGUUGGGGAUUUUAGAGUUGGCUACAAAGGAGUUUGAUGAUGAAAGUGAGUCAGAUGAAGAGGUAUCUCCAGACCUCCAAAAUCCAUCUGAAACACCAACGGUAAAACCCACAUCGACAGAACCUCCUCUCCCCACUGCAGUCACAGCGUCUACACCGCCCAACCCUGCGGACAGAGCCGACCUUCAGGACAACACGCAAGACGCCCAGGCCUCCAGCAGCCGACCGGAGACUGGCUGCCCUGAACCUGCAGCAACUGAGGCGGUCAACUCAUCCUCCAAGGCCCACCUGUUCAUAUUCGAUAGUGAAACUCAGGAGGAGGAAGACUCCCAGUCCAUCGUUGGUGACAACAGAGGAGCUCCAUCAGAACGAGAGCCAGCAGUGAACAAAGAUGCUGCUUUUUCACUGACUCAGGUCCAGCUGGAGGAGGACAAAAAGCGAAUCCAAGGGCUGAUGAACCAGACAGACCAGGACAUCAUCAGUGUGACCAAAGCCCUGUUGAGAACCAGCGGGGAUUUCUCUGCUGCUCUGGAUCAGCUUUUGAAUCCCUCCUCCGUGUUGGGACCCCUUUGGUCUCGCUGUGACGACAGUCUCUUGCUCUCAGCUGACCCCGUGGUCCGACAGCAGCUGCAGGAGAAAUACAGCGAGGAAGACGUGGCCAAAAGAAUCGUGUUCCUGGAACUAGAGGGAUGACGGUGAAGGACGGUAGGGUUAUUACAGAAGGGAGGGAGGAGAGUAGCUGUUCUGGACAUGAGGAUAAUGCUCAUCUUUUAUAUUUCCUGAUUACUAUUGUAUAUUUUAGCAACGAGGCUAGCUGAUAUUCUAUUCUCUCACAUGGAGCCAAAAUAAGUGUUUUGUCCCUCUGCUCCUCCCUACUCACUGUCAAAAGGUAAAAUCAGACACAUUGAACAAGGCGUUUUAAUUAUUAAAUGUUUCUAAGUUGAUGCUAUGACUUUUUGACAUGCUCUAUAAUUGUUUGGAGACCUAGUCUUUUAUUGAGCUCUAGCAUAUGCAUACUGUGUUAUUUAAAGAUGUUUUUGUUUCAAUAAAUGGCAUGAAUAUCUCAUACCAUUUAAAAACCCAUGUUUUAAAUUCUGAAAUAAAUGUCAUGUUUUAUUUGUACUGUGUUUCACCACUAACUUGAACCACUUCCUUGCAAUGCUUAAAGAAACAAAGAGACACUUCAGCGUUGUAUAGAAUCUGUGCUGGGAGGACCUCUUGUGGUGGCAGAUGAACAUAAACUCAGAAGUAAAAGUAGGCAUUUCCCAGAGUGGAAAAGCAAAAGUUAAGAUAAUACAAUUAAUGUAAUUUAAUAAGGGUCCUGGUAUUGUUCCUGCAUCACUCACAAAAAAACUGGAACAGCACAGAGCCAUUGUAAGUGUUAUCGAUAACACCUGCUGAUAAAAUGUAUUUGCAGAAAUGUGCCUCUACUACAUAAAUGGCUGAAGCCAGGUUCUUGAACUGUUCACACAGUAGUCACAAUUUUCAGUAAUUCCAGGUAAAAAAAAAGGAAACGUUCAGUGAGAUGACUUUUGGCUAUCUUUGCUGAAUUAGAUGGUAGUCAUUUCAUUACGGAUAUCACUUUUCAACAAUUCUAUCUACAUAAUUGGAUUUUCUUCUGAUGACCAAUAAAACCAUACUGUUUAGAUGUGCAUGCACUUUUUGACAGAGCAUCAAAGUAUACUAUAAUGGCACAGACACCUCUUUAAUCUUUUAGAUUGAGUGAAAAGAGUAAACCACCGUUUUAUUUUCCAAACCACCAUUUUAUUUCAUUUCCCCCAAAAAAACAAUUGAGUACAUUCAGAAUUUUGAAACAAUUGGCCCAGACCCACAUGAAAACAUUUUCUGAAUUGUUUAAACAAAAUAAUAAGGGAAAAAAAGCAGUUAAAUUAAAGCAGACAAUUCAACAGGAUGCUUCCUGUAAAGCAAGUGAAACACAACGACCAGAAUCCACACAGAUCAGCAGAGUUUACCCUAAUAUGGCCACAAGUAUUGCUGCACCUUUAGUCUCCUGUGUAUGAAAUAAAAGAUCUCCGUAAAAUAAUCACUUGCAAACAGCUACGCCAAUGAACUUAUCAAACUGUUAGUUGACACAACAGUUCACACAAAUAAAAACCAAUCACAUAAAAAAAAAAA